UGGGAGUAGUGGUUCGUGGGCCUCUCACGCCUGCCUUCUUUGCAAGCGUAGGAACUACGGCUCCCAGGGAGCCCCGGGAGCAGGCUAAGCAAAGGAGAGAUUGUUUCUGCUUCGGCCUGUGUCUGUUCCUGAACCUGGAAAAUGCUGCUGGCGCCCCAGGAAAGGUCCUCCUCUAGGAAGAGGACGGGGCUGAAUCGCUGGAAACAGUUUACAAGGAAACCGAGUCCCAAGCUUGCUUUUGACCCUGACAAUGUGAAACAGUGGAUUAAGAGGGUAGAGGAAGCCCCAGAAUUUGCAGUUUCGAAAGCGUUUUCUGCUGGAAACACUGAUUUCUCCAGAAGGCUUUGGGACCAGAUCAUAGAUUUGGAAACAUCUGAGCAAAUAGAGGAUCACAAUGAAGUCUAUGCAGAAGCUCAGGAGCUGGUUAAUGACUGGUUGGACACCAAACUUAAGCAAGAACUAGCAAGUGAUGGGGAAGCUGAAAACACUGUAUCAAGUAUCCCUCCUGUGUCAGAAGCCAAAAGUCAUUUGAAAUAUGACAAGUUUGAUGAUUUAUGUGGUUAUUUGGAGGAAGAAGAAGAAAGUACCACCGUUCAAAAAUUUAUAGACCAUCUGCUCCAUAAAGAUGUGGUGGAUUCUGGGAUGUUGGAAGAUCUUGGAAUGAAUGGAAACCAAGACGAGAAGCAGCAGAAGGAUCCUCGUCUUACCAUGGAGAUGAGACAUAAGCAGGUAAAAGAAAAUCGCUUAAGACGAGAGAAAGAGCUGGAGCGCCAGAGAAUUGAAAAGACCCUGAAAAAAUCGGCCUUCUUAGAGGCUCGGUAUCUAGUGCAAGAAGAGAAGAAAAGGAAGGCUAUGGAGGCCAAGAAAGAGGAAGAGGAGAUUCAGAGGGAGAUGGUAAAGCUGCGAAGGGAGAUAAUUGAGAGGAGGCGCACCGUGGAAGAAGCAUGGAAAAUAGAGAAGAAAAAGCAAGAAGAAAAUUCUCCAAAAAAUCCAGAAAGAGGCAUGUUUCAAAGUGUUCAUAAUCUUCUGGAUGAAGAAAAGAUGGCAAAAGAAAGAAAGAAGAAACUGAAAGAGUUAUUAAUCCAAACUUUCAAGGAAAAUCACCAGUGUCAGAAACGCUAUUUCUCUGCCUGGCACAAGCUGAUUCUUGAUCACAAGAUUAAGCUGGGGAAAGCUGGGACCCUGUCUGACUGGAAGUUUCAACUGAAGGUCCUGCAUGCCUGGAGAGACUACACAAGAUCUCAGAAGUUGAAGCGGGAGACUCAAGCCAUGGAAAAUGACCUUCGGGAAGAAAACAGAAAACAACAACUGGCCGCUGAGUAUAACCGGAAACAAGUUCUCCGGCAUCACUUUACAGAAUGGCAGCAUUGUUAUCGUGCAGACAUCCUAAAGAGAGAGCUGGCUCUAACAAAGGAGGAAACACGGAGGAAAAUGAAUGAGUUUUUGAAGGCAGCAUCACUAGGCAAACUCCGUGCAAACAGAUCAUCAGGUGUCAGUGUACUUGAGGAGGCAACAGCCAUGGUGGAUCCACCUAUAAGAAAUGGAGAGGUGACUGCCGUACCCCCAGGGAGCAAUGAUUGUAUGCCCAGCUCGCACCAAGAUAGACCAGCAAAAAACAUCUUACAGGUUCCCCUCCAGAAUGUCCCUCUGAACACAUCUGACAAUAAACUGCACAAGACUUUGGAUGUCGAGCCCUCCCAACAGCCUAGCAGCAAUGAGAAGCUCAGAACUAGCAUUCAGAAAGCAGAACCCAUUUGCAUGGGUCAUUUCCACAACCGCCAUGUCCUCCAGCAACAGCUGAUUCAGAAGCAAAAGAAGAAACUUCAGGAACAGAAGAAAACAAUUCUGGAGCUGAAGGAAAGCCAGAGGCUGGCGAAGGCUCGGUGGGCAGCGGAGCAUGCUACAGUAGUCACAAAUGCAAAGAGCUGCCCGCUGUCAAACCCCAACGAAGAAGAACCAAAAAAAACCUGCCAGGUGCUUCCAAAUUUGCCUGUUGCUUCUCCUCUGACUGAAGGUAGUAGAAGUGGCUCUCGAAAUUCUCUUUCUGGACCCAGAAGGAACCCAAGGCAGCUGAUGGCACCCCAUCCCAUAGUAAAAGCCAUGGAAGAGAGAGCAGUUCAGCGAGCUGAACGGAGGCGGAUCUUGGCAGAGAGGAAGAAGAAACAAGAAGAGGAGAAAUUGGCCCAGUUAAAGGCCCAAGAGGAGGAGCAUCAGAAGAGGGAGGCAGAGGAGAAGGACGCUCAACUUGAGAAAAAACGAGAAGAGAAGAGACUGAAGAAAAUGAAAGAACUAGAGAAACAGAAGAGAAUUAAGAGGAACCAGCAUCUGGAAGCAAUAGCCAAAGACCAUUAUGAAAGGGUAUUACUAAGAAAAAAAGGUCUGGAGCCCUGGAAGAGAUUGAGAAUGCAAAGCAAGCAAAAUGUCCAGGUGGCGGAAGAACAUCACUCUUUGGCCCUACAGAGGAAAUGCCUGCUAACCUGGUUCCAGUGGAGUCAGGAAAGCCUGAUUAGGAAGACGGCUCAGGCUGAUCAGUUUUAUUCCCAAACAUUGCUUAGGAGAGUCGUCCAGAGCUGGCUACAGUACCUGACUGAUCUAGAGGAAGAAGUACGAAAACUGUGUGUACAUUUUCUUCAGAAAAAGAUUUUCAGGGCCUGGUUUAACAUGGUCAGGGAGGCCAAGAUCGAUUUUCAGAGCAAGCAGAAGGUUGCGGUAGAGCAUAAUGACAGGAGGAUUCUCUGGAUCACCUUUCAGACAUGGAAGAAGUUUGUAAAAUUUAUGAAAGAGGAAAGAGUAAGAGAAGAAAGGCGAGAGCAACUCCGUAAGAAGGUAGCUGAAAUUCUUCCAGACUUCCAGGUGCUGGCACCACCAUGACUUAGCUGUACCAGCAGUCAGCUAUUUGGUCCUUGUGUAAGAGGAGUCCUCGGUGUGCAGUGGACACAAGUCAGUGCAGUGCUUAGGAUGGGAAUGUCCAUCAGUCCACAGUAUCUAUAUGUUACUGCCACCCACUCGCAUGUAUGUAUCUGCAUAUGCCUGACUUAAUGUUGUCACUUAGUUCUUGGAUCAAGGAAUUAUUUUGUAAAUUUGUACUUGUUUUAUUUCUCUUGAACUGCUCAUCAGUGCACUAAAGCAUUUAUCACAGCAUGAUCAUCCAAAGGAAGUUUGGAGCCCCAUUGUUCAAAUAUAUCCUAUAUAUUUUUAGCAUCUAUAAACUUUAAAAAGGACAAGUGUUUGCUUGCCUGAGCUUGUGGAAGAAAAUGUGUCCUUAUAGCUUAACAUGAGUUGUUGACAAAAGUAACUUUAAUUAAAUAGAAAUUAAAAGUAGUGAGUACUCAGAAAAGGAGUUAUGUCAUCUAGUACAUUAGCAACAAGCAUCCUGCCACACUGUCCUUUUUUGCCCACUCCAUUGAAAAAAUCACCUGUCAAAAUGCAAUAGCUGCAAAGGGCAACAGUGUAGCCCAAUUUCACAGAAAUUGGGGCACCAAAGAUACUUCUCUUCAGUGCACCUUGAUAAGCAGGAAUUCCAAAAGCUAAUGAUUCUAUCAAAGGCAGUCCAGCAAUUUGUUAAAAUGUAUAUUUAUGCUCCCAGCUGCAACUUCUAAAUAAUACUUGAUCUGGCUUCCAGUCCUCAGCUCAGAUUGAUUUAUAUCUAUCAAGAUAUUUAUCUUGAAUUCAAAGAAUGUUUUAAUCUUUAAGGUGCUAAAGACUAUAAAGACAAAAUACUCCCUUCUGUGAACUGAAUUACCUGCUAGAAAAAUUUUUUUCAUUAUAAAACAUAUGCUUAUUAUAACAAAUUCAAGUAGUAGAUAAAUGCACAGAGUAAAAUGAGUAAGUCCCUUGCAGCCCUGAGGUAACCACUUUUACUUGGUAAGUUAAAAAUCUGAGUUGGCAAAGUAAAAUUCUUUGUUCAAUGAA